ACUUAGUUUAAAAUGUGCAAGGUUAGAAUUUUAUUAUUAAUAAUAAUUUAGCAUGCAAAAAUGCAAGCGAAAAAACGUUAUUUACUCGUUUUAUUAUCGUGUGCAUUUCUUGCAUACUGUUAUUUUGGUGGAUAUCGAUUGAAAAGUCAUCAUUUUAUUAGCACAAUUAACACAGAAUACGAUCAAUUAAAGUGUUAUACAUCAUCGUCGAAUUCACCUAGUGUAAAUGAAGUUCCUCCGAUAGCGAAUAAACGAUGGAUGAUGCCGAAUAAUAAUUAUAAAGAAUGUCGAAUGGAAACAUGUUUCGAUUAUAAUCGAUGUUCACCGGAUCAUUUAAAAGUGUAUGUUUAUCCACAAGAACAAACAGAUCCAACAGGAACCUCUACGUUAAUUAGUGCAUCGUAUCAAAAAAUCCUUAGUGUUUUACUGGAAUCACGAUAUAUAACAACAGAUCCUUCUGAAGCAUGUCUCUUUAUACUUUCAUUAGAUACCUUAGAUCGAGAUCCUCUUUCAGCGGAUUAUGUACGAAAUAUGCCAGCUCGAAUCCAACGAUUACCACUAUGGAAUAAUGGAUUAAAUCAUGUUAUUUUUAAUUUAUAUUCUGGUACAUGGCCGGAUUAUGCGGAAGAUAGUUUAGGCUUUGAUUAUGGUUUGGCGAUUUUAGCGAAAGCCUCGAUUUCAAAUAGUCAUUUACGUCCGGGUUUUGAUAUUAGUAUACCGUUGUUUCAUAAAAAGCAUGCGGAGAAAGGUGGAGAACCGGGUUACGUACAAAAUAAUCGAUUUCCAUCGAAUAAGAAAUAUUUGUUGGCGUUUAAAGGGAAACGAUAUGUUCAUGGUAUAGGAUCGGAAACUAGAAAUGCGUUGUUUCACUUACAUAAUGAUCACGAUUUAAUUAUGGUUACAACAUGUCGACAUGGUAAAAGUUGGAAAGAAUUAAAAGAUGAUCGUUGCGAUGAAGAUAACCUCGAAUACGAUCGAUAUGAUUACGAUGUUCUUUUGCAAAAUAGUACGUUUUGUUUGGUGCCUCGUGGAAGACGUCUUGGUUCAUUUCGUUUCUUGGAAGCAUUACAAGCUGGAUGUAUUCCAGUAAUUUUAUCCAAUGAUUGGGCUUUACCAUUUCAACAGGUUAUCGAUUGGAGUAAAGCUGUUAUUUGGGCGGAUGAACGUCUUCUUCUACAAGUACCAGAUAUAGUUCGUUCAAUUACACCAACAGAUAUUUUGGAAAUGCGUCAACAAACCCAAAUUUUAUGGCAACAUUAUUUUAGUUCAAUUGAGAAAAUUAUUUUUACUACGUUAGAAAUAAUUAAGGAACGUAUUCCUUCAUCGUCGUCCGCAUCGACGUCAAUUAACAAGUAUCGAGAUGGUUAUUUAUGGAAUACCCAUCCUGGUGGACUUCUUACGUUACCACAAUUUAGUGAUUCCUGGUGGAAUUAUCCAUUCUAUUUAAAAAAUUUAAAUCAAUUAACUACGUUAACUUCAACGGAUAUUAAUAAGUUUACAUGUGUAAUUUACUGCCAUUUAGGGAUGCCGUUAACUCCAACUUCAUCCCUAUAUCGUCUUAUUAAAAACGUUAGUAAAAGUAAAUAUAUUGUUCGAUUAAUCAUUGUUUGGGUGAACGAUAAAUCGCCACCAUCCUCAAAUCGUUGGCCUGUAAUGCCUCCAAACAUUCCAAUGAAUAUAUUACCAACAGUCGGAAAUAUUGGUACAAACAGUGGAGCCGCAAAUAGUGCAACAACUACGGGUAUUUCUCAACGAUUUUAUCCACAUUCGUUGAUACAAACCGCUGGUGUUCUUUCACUUGACGAGGAUUCGUUGCUGACUACCGAUGAAAUUGAUUUUGCGUUUCAAGUAUGGCGUGAAUUUCCUGAACGUAUUGUUGGUUAUCCGGCACGAUCACAUUAUUGGGAUGAUUCGAAAAGUUCGUGGGGUUAUACUUCGAAAUGGACGAAUGAUUAUUCGAUUGUGUUAACGGGAGCUGCCUUCUAUCAUCGUUAUUAUAAUGUUUUGUAUACGCAUUGGUUAAAUCCAUUGUUGCAUAAGACUGUCGAACAAAGUCAAAAUUGUGAGGAUAUUUUGAUGAAUUUUCUUGUUAGUCAUGUGACUCGCCGUCCACCAAUCAAAGUGACUCAACGUAAGCAGUAUAAGGAACAACAAUUAUCUGGCGUUCGUUCACCGUGGAAUGAUCCAGAUCAUUUCGUCCAACGUCAAACGUGUUUAAAUACGUUUGCAGCCGUUUUUGGUUAUAUGCCUUUAUUACGAUCUAAUUUACGUUUAGAUCCAGUCCUAUUUAAAGAUCCUGUAUCAAAUUUAAGAAAGAAAUAUCGACAAAUUGAACGUGUAGGUAGCUAAAAUUCAAUUUUUCAUAUUCAUUUUUUUAAUUUUAAUAAAUAAAUCGAGUGUCUCCAGUCAUCGUCAAAUUUGAUAAAACAUUUUUGUGAGAUUUUAUAGAAUUAUGUAAAGCUUCCAUGACUAUCAAAAAUGUUGUGUGUUUGACAGGAAAUUAGUGACAACCGGAAAAGCAACUUUUUUUGGUUAACCACAAUAUGAUAGAUAAUUUAUAAUAAAUUGUAAAUAUACGGGAAAAAAUUACGACAGCACUGGACACUUUGUUUAAACGUCAACACACAUUUGAUUUUUAAACGUACAUCGUUUAAAAAUACGGCUAGGAAACUCCAAAUACAAAAACAAAGAUCCUCUAUUGAAGUCAAUUUUAGUAAAUAACGAUGUACGAUAAACAGCGCCACGAUUGAUGUACUAAAAUUGACUUCAAUAAUUCACUUAAGAAGUUUUCGGACCCAAUAUGAAUUCAGUACGUUUAAAAAGUAUCGGAUUUGUGUAAUCGGUACUAAAUCAUUUGUAUAAAGAAUUAAAUAUAAUCCCUAAAAAAAUAAAAAUCCCUUUUUGCGAUCACUUGAAACGAUCUUAGAUUUAAAUUUUUCUUCAAUCAAUAUAUUCAAUUGAUGGUUUUUAUGAAGAGAAACACAGCUCAUUGGUUCUUACAAAAACUAGCAAAACUCAUUGAAUUUAUUCUCAUAGUCCGUAGAAAGAGUAAAAUUACUUCUCUGCGUUUUUUAAAUUAUUGAUAAAUCAUAAGUAACCUAGUGGUAUAAAUUGGAACUACUCAUAACGGAUCAGGAUCCUGUUUUUAUUAGUACAACUUAUUAUCGCCAGUUGGCGGAGUUGCAAUUCCCAUUCUUCUAGUAAAGUACCAGUAUUGCCAUCUGUUAGUCUAAAUGGGAACUAUUCAAAGCGGGUAAGCUCCCAGUUAUUAGUAGUUAAUGUAUUAUUGGAACUUAUGCAAUAGGGAACUAUGAAAAAGUACUUCAAAAAGUUAAUUUUCUUAAUAAAA